AUGAAAUCGCAUUCGCACCACGUCGACGGUGACGGCAACCACCACAAGGGCGACGGUGCCGGUAAUGAUGAGUCCGCGGUUGAAAUCCACCCCAUGCACCUGCUGCCCUUUGACUCCCUCCCGAACAAGAAGCAAGUGUGGCCCUGCAGGCCGGGCUCGCGCGGAGAAGGACUGGGUCGCCUGGUCCUGCUGACCCCCGACGUGGUCGCGGCGGCGGCGGCGAGGUGCAUCCGCACCGGCCGCCGCGUGAGCCUGGGGUGGGAACUGACGAAGCUGGAAAUCGCAAACUUUGGCCGGUCGCCGUGCGACCACAGGAUCGUGCCGCUGCUGGACGGCGUGGCCUUUGACGACAUCUACACUUUCAACCCGCAGCAGAGCAGCCAGUGGGACGGCCUGAGACAUUUUUCUCAGCCGGUGGUGGUGGUGACGCCGCCAGGGUCAGGGUCAGGGUCAGCGGAGGAGACGGGUCUGGAGGAAAAAGAAGAUCGAGUCCUCAAGGAGGACGCUGAAGGGGAUGGCGAGGUUGAGGUGGAGGUCAAGGUUGAGGACAAAGGUAAAAAGAGCACAGGUAGUAAAAGACUGUUCUAUGGAGGCGUCACGCCGUCCGAGAUCAUCAGCACCGCCAGCGACAGGAUCGGAAUCCAACACUGGGCGAAACAGGGGAUCUGCGGCCGCGGCGUGCUGCUGGACUACGUCCGGUACGCGGAGCGCCGGGGCAUCACGUACUCGACCUUCAGCGACCACGCGAUCCCCCUGUCGGCGAUGCUCGAGAUGGCGGCCGAGCAGGACAACCUGACGUUCCGCCGCGGCGACAUCCUGUUCGUCCGCGUCGGCGUGACGAGGGAGUGGGACACGGUCAUGACGCGCGGCGACAAGAUCGCGUACGCCAACUCCCCAAACCCGCAGCACGCCGGCGUCGAGGGCACCGAGGAGAUGGCGAGGUGGAUCUGGGACCAAGGCUUCGCCGCCGUCGCGAGCGAUGCCAUCUCGUUCGAGGUGUAUCCCCCGAAAGAAUCCCACGUGAGGCGGUGCUGUCGUCCCCCCGGAGAGGAUGAAGCUGUGGUCGAGGUGAAAGCGGGAGCAGAAGUCGAAGCCGAAGCUGGAGCCGUGAACGAAAACGGAAACGUGAACGGAGACACAAAAAACACAAAUGGAACCGAGGACACUCACCGUGAUAUCGCGGACCGUAAAUCUACUGAACACGACGACGAUUGUAACGGCGAUCAUGAUCACGAUGACGAUGGAGGCCAUGGCGUCGAGGAGAAGAAGAAGAAGAAGAAGCAGAAGCAGAAGCAGGAGCAGAAGGAUGCCGUAGGCCAUACUAGUGUCGUCCCAGGGAUAUUCCUCCACGAAUACCUUCUCGCCGGUUGGGGUAUGCCGAUUGGUGAAUUGUUCGACCUCGAAGGUCUGAGCAGACUGUGUGAGCAGCACCGGCGGUGGGAGUUUUUCGUGGCGAGUUCCCCGUUGAACAUGCCAGGGGGAGUGUCGAGUCCGCCCAACUGUGUCGCCAUUUUCUAA